AUGAAGACUGCCCUGUCUCUACUGAUCCUGGUCUUCGUUGGCCUGGUGGCCGCCUGGAGCAAGGAAGAUUAUGAGAUCUUUCGACUCCGGGACGAGCUCGCCGCAACUGAAGGGCCUAACGUGACUUUCUACGACUUCCUUGAUAUCCACCCCAACGCCAACUUAGAACAAAUCACCAAGGCCCAUCGUCAAAAGUCGCGCACCCUCCACCCUGACAAGGUCAAGCGGACCUUCGUUGCCAACUACGCCAAGGACAAGAGCAAGUCCAAGUCCACCCAGCCCGGCGUCCAUGUGAACAAGGGCCCCUCGCAGCGCGAAGUCGACGCCGCCGUCAAGAACGCCAAUGCCCGCUCCGCACGCCUAAACCUCGUCGCCAACGUUCUCCGCGGUCCCAAUCGCGAGCGCUACGACCAUUUUCUCAAGAACGGAUUUCCUCGAUGGAAGGGCACGGGUUACUACUACACUCGGUUCCGCCCCGGCCUGGGCUCCGUGCUGAUGGGUCUGUUCGUGGUCUUUGGCGGUGCCGCCCACUACGGUGCUCUGUACCUAGGGUGGAAGCGCCAGCGCGAGUUUGUCGACCGCUAUAUCCGCCAGGCGCGCCGAGCUGCGUGGGGCGAUGACUCGAGCGUGGGUGGCAUUCCGGGUCUCGACGGCCCUGCCCCUGCCCCGGCACCCCAGGAGCCUUCCGAGGGCGCGGUGGCUAUGAACCGUCGUCAGAAGCGCAUGAUGGACAAGGAGAGCCGCAAGGAAAAGAAGGGCGGUCGGGCUGCGCGUCACAACUCUGGUACUUCGACUCCUACAGAGAAUGUUGUCCCCACGGGUGAACGCAAGCGCGUCAUAGCCGAGAACGGCAAGGUGCUGAUCGUCGAGUCUAGCGGCAAUGUGUUCCUGGAGGAGGAGACUGAGGACGGUGAACGCCAGGAGUUCUUGCUGGAUAUUGAUGAGAUUCAUCGCCCUACUAUCCGGGAUACUAUCCUGUUCAGUCUGCCCAUCUGGGGCUUUAACAAGACCAUUGGUCGUAUUCUGGGCACCUCGGCCUCUCACGAGGUCGACGAGGUAGAAGAGGUUGAGGCCGAGGCCAGCGAGACUACUGCGACUUCAACCAAUGGCUCCACUCGCAGACGUGGAAAGCGUGCUCAACGGUCAUAA